AUGAUCAGCGCCCCUGACGUGGUGGCCUUCACCAGAGAGGAGGAGCUGGAGGAUGAGCUGUGCAGCGAGCCGCCCCUGCCCGAGGAGUACUCGGUGCCGCUCUUCACCUUAAAAAACCCCUGGGCCAAGGUCGCCAGCUCCAAGUUCACCCGGGACUUCAUCCUCAUCUCCGAGUUCUCGGAGCAAGUGGGGCCCCAGCCCCUCCUGACCAUCCCCGAUGACGCCAAGGUGUCAGGCACUUUCGAUCUUAAUUAUUUUUCCCUUCGGAUCAUGUCUGUGGAUUACCAGGCUUCCUUCGUGGGGCACCCUCCGGGCUCUGCCUACCCAAAGCUGAACUUCGUGGAGGAUUCCAAAGUGGUGCUGGGGGACUCGAAGGAAGGCGCCUUCGCGUACGUCCACCACUUGACUUUGUAUGACCUCGAAGCCAGGGGUUUCGUGAGGCCCUUCUGCAUGGCCUAUAUUUCUGCUGACGAGCACAAAAUCAUGCAGCAGUUUCAGGAACUCUCCGCCGAGUUCUCCAAAGCCUCUGAAUGCCUAAAGACGGGGAACAGGAAAGCUUUUGCUAAUGAGCUGGAAAAGAAACUGAAAGAUCUCGACUACACUAGGACUGUCCUGCACAAUGAAACCGAGAUACAGAAGAAAGCCAAUGACAAAGGGUAUUACACAACCCAAGCCAUCGAGAAGGCCAAUGAGCUGGCCAGUGUGGAGAAGUCUAUCAUUGAGCACCAAGAUCUGCUGAAACAGAUCAGGUCAUAUCCCUACAGGAAGUUAAAGGAAUCUGACUUCCACCCCUACGAGCCAGAGUGUGCGCUGGAUCAGGCCAACGUGGGCUGCGAUCAGGACCUGACUACCUCCGAGCCUGGCGAAACGCACGUUUACGCCCACGUGCCGUCCUAUACCCCCAAGCUUAUCAAAGCAAAGUCUGCCAAGUGCUUUGACAAGAAGCUGAAGACACUGGAAGAACUCUGCGAUAUUUAUUUUUUCACUCAAACCCUUGACCAGUUGCAUCAGAUUGAGAGGACUUUCAGAGGUGACGUGUGCUACCUCCUGACAGACCAGAUCAGCAGGGCGCUCUUAAAGCAGCAAAGCGUAACUAACUUCCUCUUUGAGGAUGUAUCUUUUCUGGAUGAAAAACCACCUGAAAAACAAUACAGAGGCUGCCAGGGGCUCAGUCAAGAUGCCGUUGAUGGAAAGUGUUUGGAAGAGUCCCCUGCUCCUAAAGUGGUCAUCAGCCUGGGAUCCUACAAGUCCAGCGUGGAGUGUGUGCCCAUCAAAAUGGAGCAGGAAAUCGAAGACUCCCGAGAACCCAAAAUGACCGAGUCCAUCACGUUCGAACACCAGGAGAACCUGGACUAUCUUGAUGCAGAUAUCAAAGGCAGCAUCAGUAGUGGUGAGAGCAUCGAGGUUCUUGGAACGGAGAAGUCUGCAUCUGGCUUGACAAAAUCGGAGAGCCAGGCCAGCCUACCCAUCAGCCCCAGCCCCCAGGUGGGCAGGAGCAAGGUGGGCAGCCGACGGACCGUCAGUGAGGACAGCAUCGAGGUUCUCAGCACAUGUCCCUCCGAGUCGCUCAUCCCGGAAGAUUUCAAAGCGAGCUACCCAAGUGCCAUUAACGAGGAACCUUAUGCAGAUGAUGAAGAGGGAGGCCUUCGUUUCAUCCCCAAACUAAACCCAGACAACGCCGAUGAGCAGGAUGAUGUUUCAAACCAGGAAAACUUAGUACAGGUUGACUCUGCCUGUUGUAUUGGGAAGGAGAGUCCCAACUUCCUCGAGCCUCUGCCUGACCUGGGACAGAAGCCCUGCGACGAGGAUGGGGUGGUCAGGAUCCCCCCGCAGCCGUACCGGCAGGCGGCCGAGCAGGGGCUGCGUGGAAGCUCUGGGGGUGUCCCCAGCCAUGAUGGCAUCUCAGGGGGGCUCCUUCCCUACGAGCUUGACUCGCGCUACCUGACAGGCAGCAGGGAGGUCAGUAAGAGCAGCCUGGAUGAGUGCUCGGACUCCACAAGCUAUAUCAGCAGCGCCGCCUCCACGUGCUCCGACAGGACCCCUUCUCCUGCUCACCUCGCCUGUCCGGCGAGUGAAAAGCACAAAAAAAAGGCUGGCCAGAACGCGCUGCGCUUCAUCAGGCAGUACCCCUUCGCUCACCCCGCCAUCUACUCCCUGCUCAGUGGGAGAACCCUGAUCGUGCUGGGGGAAGAGGAAGCGAUAGUGAAGAAGCUUGUGACGGCGCUCUCCAUCUUCGUGCCAAACUGUGGCGUUUACGCCAAGCCCGUGAAGCACUGGGUGACUUCCCCUCUGCACGUUGUGGAUUUCCAGAAGUGGAAGCUGAUCGGACUGCAGAGGAUGGUAUCACCUGCCGGGGUGAAUGUGCUGCACGCUCUGAGCCGAUACAGCCGGUACGUCAGCAUUCUGGACGCUGACAGUAAGACUCUCCGCUGCCCGCUCUACAAAGGCACCUUGGUGUCCCGGCUGGCAGACCACCGCACGCAGAUCAAACGAGGAAGCACCUACUAUAUGCACGUCCAAAGUAUCCUCACCCAGCUGUGUUCAAAAGCCUUCCUCUUUACCUUCUGCCAUCAUUUGCACCUUCCCAUCAGUGAAAGGGAACCGGAGGAAUCCGUUGUGAAUCGCAGGAUGAACUUUCUGAAGCUUCAACUGGGCCUUGCCAAUGAAGAUAUCAAAAUUGUACAGUAUUUAGCUGAGCUGCUAAAGCUGCAGUACAUUCAGGAACCCGGCCAGGGGGUGAACCCUCUGCUCAGAUUUGACUAUGUUCCCAGCUUUUUGUACAAAAUCUAG